UAGGUUGGAUGAAGGAGACGUCGAAGACCCGAAGAGGCUUCCGGGAAUGGAGCUUCACCGUGACAACUCUUCUGAGCUGCUUCUCGCUAGUCAUCUUCUUCGCCUUGGGAUCACUUGUCGCCCUUCAUUUCGCCAAGUCCUUGGUCUUUGCAGAUCUCUGCUUUGGUACCUACACUCUGCAGUCCUCCAUGACGGGUAUCGCUCUUGCCAACCCGGUAUACGAGGCCGCGAGAAACGCCGACGCCGGGGGAAGCUUGUGGCACUCAAUGAGCGACGAGGAGCUGCUGCGGCGUGCGUCGGCGGUGCCGCGGGCGGUGGAGGGCCGCAGGAAGGCGAAGGUGGCGUUCAUGUUCCUGACGAGGGGGAGGAUUCCGUUUAGGGUGUUGUGGGAGAGGUUCUUUCGAGGGCAUGAUGGGCUCUUCUCCGUCUACAUCCACGCGUCUCCGGACUUGGAAGAGGAGCCACCGGAGGAGUCGGUAUUCUACAGGAGAAGAAUACCAAGCAAGCCGGUGGAGUGGGGGCGGCCGAGCAUGGUCGACGCGGAGCGGCGGCUCCUAGCGAACGCGCUCCUCGACGCCUCCAACGAGCGCUUCGUCCUCCUCUCUGAGUCGUGCAUACCACUAUUCGACUUCCCCACCAUCUACAACUACCUCAUCGGCUCCGCCCUCAGUUUCGUCAGCUCCUUCGACGACCCCGGGAAGGCCGGCCGCGGGCGGUACAGCCGGCGCAUGCACCCCACCGUCACCUUGGCGGAGUGGCGGAAGGGGUCGCAGUGGUUCGAGGUGCAGCGGGGAUUGGCCGUGGGGAUCGUGUCGGACCGGCGGUACUACCCGGUGUUCCGGGAGCACUGCCGGCCGCCGUGCUACGUGGACGAGCACUACCUGCCCACGGCGGUGGCCAAGCUCGCCCCGGGGCUCAACGCCAACAGGAGCGUCACUUGGGUGGACUGGUCCCGCGGAGGCUCACAUCCGGCCACCUACAAGCGCAGGGAUGUCUCCCUGGGGUUGAUGGAGAGGAUGAGGAGCGGCUCCAAGUGCGUCUACAACAACAGGACGACUACCUCCUCCUGCUUCCUGUUUGCGAGGAAGUUCGAGGCCACUGCGCUUGGGCGCUUGUUGUUGAUUGCUGAUGUUGCCAAGAGAUGGAAUCGGCAUUGAGGGGACGUGGUUUUAUGUUGUUGUUGUGUGUUGCGAAGAUCGAGUUCAUUGUCAUGUUUGUUUUUACAUGGUUCGUUCGGGUGAUCCUUUUUCUUUCAUUAAGAGUGUAUCAGUAAAGAGUGUCUUCUCCACAAUAUAGGAUAAAGAGUUAAAAGUAAAAAAAACAAAACAUCUAAUUCGUGUUAAUUUAGUUUGAGAAAUACUAACUUUACUUAUGUGACCGAUAAAUGACAAACAAGAAGAACAUUUAUUGAAGUUUGACAGAAAUGCAAAAUAUAUACUCUUGCCAUUUCAAUUACGAAGAGUAGAUAAUUAAGAUGACAUUCAAAAUGGAAUAACAAAAUAAUCAUGUUAAAGAAGAAGUAGAAGCAGUCACAAUAUGUUAAUGUACAGAAGCUUGCAACUGGCAUUCACUCGGUUCAAAGCCAACAACGAAAACAGGUGGGCAAAAUAAAAGACAUUUAGGCCAACAACGAAAACAAAACAAUCGAUCAUAUCAUUAAACAUGUUCCUAGUGCAAAUACAAAUAUAAUGAAAUGAUCAUGCAGCCCAUCAAAAAUAAUAUAUGGCAGUGAACAAGUAGGAAAAUAAGAAA